GGUCUGAAGUGAAGUCAAUAGACUAAGCCAGAAGCAGUCUUUGACACAGACACUGAAUACAAGCAGAGCGCUAAUACAUUUUUACGGCCUUUAAGAAUCUAGAACAGAGAUGAAGGCUGAUUGGUCAAUGUGCCCGUAUUUGAUUCUCCUGAUCCUCCACCAGACCUCCAGAUCAGAGAUGUUCCAGCUUCUGGGUCCAGCUGGUCCUGUCAUUGCUGUAGUUGGUGAAUAUGUUGUCCUUCCCACUCACCUCAAACCCAACAUAAGUGCAGAGGAUAUGCGCAUAGAGUGGUUCAGACCGCAGAACAGAGACCCACUGGUGUAUCUCUACCUUCUGGGAGAGAGCAGGAAUGAGUCCCAGAACCCAUCGUACAGCGGAAGGGCCGCACUCUUCCCGGAGGAACUGAGGGAGGGCAAUACGUCUCUGAGGCUGAGCAGGGUCCAGGUCUCUGAUGAGGGGCAGUAUUCAUGUUACAUUCAGUCCAAGUCUGACAAUAAUUACCGCAUCAUGGUUUCACUGGAAGUAACAGCUGUAGGAACUGAGCCAGUGAUCUUCAGGGAAGCAGAUGAAGGAGGGGAGGUUGGCCUGCUGUGUGAAUCUAAAGGCUGGUAUCCUCAGCCUGACCUCAUCUGGCAGGACAGUGAGGGUCACAAUCUCACCACUGAGAAACCUGAGAUACUCUGGGACAGCCUGGGCCACAUUGUCAUAAGAACACGUGUUGUCAUAAAGAGAGAAGGCAGCAGCAGAUUCACCUUUCGAGUUCUGCAGCAGAACCUCCAUGAGGAAAAGGUGACAGAGUUUUGCCUCCAUGGUGAGUAAGACUUUACAGAAUCAAACAGAGCACACA